GAUAUCAUGAGAAGUCAACCGAACAGCCCACCGACACCGACACUGCAUGGCUUGGAGACAAUAUACCACCACACGAACGACCCCUGAUGUGCUCUCCACCAUUUCUUGAAGCCCAUUCCAUGUGUUUUCCUUCUCCUUCUCCCGGACGCACAACUAGAGACCUCCGGCAAGCUCACUUUUCCUGGUGCCAUGAGCCAACAAGAUGCUUCUUCCUUCAUCAAAACAGAAGGAUUCCGCUCCGUUUCAUCGGUCACCGACCUCUCGAGCAACGCGUCGUCGAUCAACUACCGGAAGGCGCGGCAGGACAAGAUCGCCGGGGACGGCUUCUGGUGCGGUGUCCUGUGCAUGCACCUGCCGGGCUUGUCCAGGAGGCGGCCGUUGCGGCAGCAGCAGUCCAUGAGCCUGAGCGAGGCCGACACCGGCCGGGCGAGCACGGCCGCCGGGCCAGCCGGGGACCGUCCGAGCACGGUGUCAAAGGUGGCCUCCAUGGAGAGGUUCAAGUACAGCUCGUCGUCGUCCUCGGGCACCGUGUUCGAGGAGCGCACGGACGCGGGCGAGCAGGAAGAGGAGGUGUCGGCGUACUUCGACCUGCCGCUGGAGCUGCUGAGGAUCAGCAGCGUCGACACGGAGUCGCCGGUCACGGCGGCGUUCGUCUUCGACGGCAGCCGUGGCCGGAGCGCCAAGAAGAUCGUGCCUGAGAUCCCGGACUUCGACUUUAGCUUCCCCGCGCCGCCGGUUUUCUCGAAUCCUUCGUCGCCGAGAUCUUGAAACUAGCUACGCUAUGCGUUGUGCUUUUGGUGUUCGUAAUUAACUUCGUGUAUGCAUGUCGUCGUCUUCUUUUUCUUGCCGUGUAGUGUAUCUGAUAUGCACGUUGUAGGCUAAUAACGAGGUUGCAAUUGUCAUGGCCUCAUGGGUAUGGUGAUUACUUCAACUUAUGCAAAUGAGUAAAAUCCACCGCCGGUCCUUAAACUUGGCCGGCGGUGUCAUCUAGGUCCCUAAACUUCUAAAGUGAUAUAUGUGAGUCUAUAAACUUGGCAAACUGUGUCAUCUAAAUCCCUGAACUUUCAAUGUAAUCACCACAGGUCCCUAAACUUGGCCGGUGAUGUCAUUCUAGUUCCUGAACUUUCAAAGUGAUCACCACAAGCCUCUAAACUUAGCAAGCGGUAUCAUCCCUAUCCAAACAUAGUCUAACCUACUGUAUAAGCUAACGUGAAUCCAACAUAUGUCA